CAUUACGUUAUGCUUACUCCACACACACAGGCAGUUUGAGAGAGGGAAGACGUAAUGGUUUGAUUCCCUGUGCACUUGCAAUGGUCGUCGUUCUGACAUUACUCGGCAAAUUCUUUAACCGGGAGGUUAAAUGAAGGCAGGGGCAUCGUCCAUGUGGGCGUCAUGCUGUGGGCUGCUGAACGAGGUGAUGGGUACGGGCACGGUGCGGGCGCAGCAGCCGGGGUUCGGAGCCGGGGCCGGGCCCUUCCGCUUCGCCCCCAGCGCUGGGUACUCCACCUAUCCCCCCACCGCCUCAGGGAGCGCCGGACAGCUGUGCAAAGCCUGCGGACUGGCCUUCUCCGUCUUCAGACGCAAGCACAUCUGCUGUGACUGCAAGAAGAGUUUCUGCGCCCUGUGCUCGGUGCUGCAGGAGGAGCUGCGCUGCUGCUCCACCUGCCACCUGCUCCGCAGCACCGCCUUCCAGAGGCCGCGGCUCAUGCAGCUCCGCGUCAAAGACCUACGGCAGUACCUGCUGCUGCGCAACAUCUCCACAGACACCUGCAGGGAGAAGGAGGACCUGGUGGACCUGGUGCUGUGUCAUCAGGGGACGAGAGAAACCCCCACACCGGUGGAGGGAGAGGACGAGGAGGACGACGACGAGGAGGAGGAGGAGGAAGACGAGGAGGACACGCAUGAGGACGACGCAGAGGAGGAUGAGGAGGAAGACGAAGGGGAGGAGGACACAGACAGUCUGCACUCGCUCCCCCACUCGCGCCCCGCCUCCCCCCCCUCCGCCACGCGCUCCGCCUCCGAACAGUCGGCCCUCUCCGCCUCUCAGGGAGACGUCCUCAGCCCCAGUGACAGCUCAGGGACCAGCCAGGAACAAGAGGAUACUCCAACAGCAUCUCUUUUGAACCUGGAGCCCACUGAAACUUUAAUGGAGGUCAGUCCGGCGACACAGAGGAGGAUCAGGGCCUCGCUGUCUGAUCUGGACAAUGAAGAGGCGAUAGAAAACCUCUCCGUGCGCCAGCUCAAAGAGAUUCUCGCCAGGAACUUUGUCAAUUACUCCGGCUGCUGCGAGAAGUGGGAGCUGCUGGAGCGAGUGCAUCGACUCUACAGAGAAAAUGAGCAUAACAGGAAAUCCAUGGAAAAUGUGAGCUUAACACCUAACACAUGUGCAGUGGUUGCAUAUCCUCCACCUCUCUGCAACAGUGGAGUUGGAGAUGGUGUCAAAGCUCAGCUGGCGGCUGAUGAUAACUUGUGUCGCAUCUGCAUGGACGCCAUCAUCGACUGCGUGCUGCUGGAAUGUGGUCACAUGGUAACCUGCACCAAAUGUGGAAAGAGGAUGAGCGAGUGCCCCAUCUGCAGGCAGUAUGUAGUGCGGGCCGUGCACGUCUUCAAGUCUUAAAACUCUGUGUGUGAGCGUCGGAGCAGCCCUCAGGCGUGCACGUGCCAGAGCCCUGAAUUUCUCCCUGAGGAUGAACUGCUGUGCAUGACGCCUCGCAGGGCCUAAAGCUGCACGGGCGCCGGCAACUCCCCGGUGUUUGAAACCAGACUGGUGCCUCUGGCCUUCCACAGUUUGUUUUUCCCCUCUUUACUAACUCAUGUUCCAGACCCACUUCUCCUCCUGGUGGACCGUCAUCAGCUGCACCGGGACACUCACUCUUUCUCUCUUUGGUCUGUUAAACACACAGUAGAAUCACGUUCUGCUCUCUAUUGGCUGUUGUUAGAUUUUACUCACAGGAGAGGAGAGAAAGGGGAGGAGAGGAGGGGGUCCCACAGAUACUUGAAGCGGAUCGGAUUGUUGUGUGCGGUGAAGAGGAGCAGAAAAAUGUAAGAUCCCAGGGUUAGAGUCAAUAUGGUUUACACAGUCAUGCCACAUGACACCAUGUUAUCUCCCUCAGUGUUCUUUUAGGAUGUGCAAUAUCAGAAAUGUGUAUUUAUUAAUCCGAGCACCAGGUCAUCUCGUCUCACACACAGGAGGGUGUAAGGUGCCAAACGUCAUGCCUUUUUGAUCGAUAUAUGUUUAGGAUUUCACAGUUGAUGCGUUGCAUCGCCAGCAAGCUUGGUGUGAUAGUUUACUCUGUUUUUUCUCAAAUGAAAUUUAGGAAAAAAAGGGUGUAAUAGUAAACAUUUGAACACUUUGCUGUGUGAAGGAUGUGAUUGUUAUCUAAAAGUGCACAAGUGCACAAACUCGAACGGAAAAUAAACUCUUCUUGGUCACACCACAGGCUGCACUACAUUCCUGUUACAUGGCUUGAGCUUAUUGGUAAUUCAACUUAUUUCAAAACAGCAGUUUGACAAAAAAUAUGAACUCAAGACUCGCUUUUUACUAGGUUUUCAAAUUUCACGGGCUUCAUCAGCAGUAAAAGGUCAGCAUCCGUGAUCUUAGGUCCAUGACAGGAGAUCCUGUGAAUUGCCUCGUCCUUCUCCUGAGGAAGACCAUGUGCUAAUAAAAAGCUAAUAGGUUAGCCUUGAGUGAAAGACUUCGUUUGUACUAUUUUAAUCUAGGAAUCAUCCCUCUUUACAUUUAAAUAACUGCCACCAAGCAAUACCAUUUAGUUUCCGAGUCUACCAAGUGUCUUUUCUUUGUGUUGUCCGUUGACAUGUGGAAAUCCUAGGUAGGUGACAGGUGCUAUUUCCUCUUUUCUGAGUGUGACAUCAACAAACCCUUUGUCAUGUUGUCGAGGCGUCCCUCCAAAUAUCCAUCACACAGUGAGAAGUAGAGGAAGCUUGGUUUACUUUAACCUGUUAUGCAAAAGAAACAUUUUGUUUUCUUGUCAUGAGAUCCAUUUGACUCAGAUGUCACUAAAAUAUCUGUGUGUACAGUAUGCCUGUGGUACGUUUUUAAAAAAUAAAUAAAAAAGCUGUUAAGUGAAUCGCAUAGGUAGCUUAUAUUGUUGUUUACUUAUAAGUCAUUAAAUGUAUAUUUUUCCAUUCACUUGGGAGACAACAUGAUUUUAAAGUUAUAUUAAGAUUAAAUCUACCUUUCUUCAGAAUGUAUCUACUGGUUUUGGUCAGACGGUUCCUCAUUUAUCUGAUCGUGUUACACUCACCAUUAAAGUCGCGUCUGCCAAGGUCGCGCUUUCUAGCAC